AUGAGCGCGGCGCGGGACGCGGGGGACUCCACUCCGGGCUCCGACGUCACGCGGCUGUUCCCCAAGUGCCGGCCGAGGAUGCACCGCCACGACAGGUUGAACUCCGGUCUGGAGGGCCGGGAGCACAGCAUCAACAACGUUUCCUCGGACGAAGAGCGCGAGAGCCAACUGGUCAUACUCAACUCCAAGGGGAGCGCCUACAAACUUAGAGACUCUAGGAUCAUAGAAAUAGCAGGCGGCCGAGAGCUCUACUCGCAGAGUCGAACCAAAGCGGUUCGGAAACUAAGGCACAGCAACACACACAAACAUAACCUUCGGAACAAGGUGCGCUCUCUGGCCAAGGACACACUCGACUACUCGGACAAUCUUAGUAACGAGAUAUCCUUGCAAAGGCUAAACAAUGAGCCUAAAAAAAUGAUAUCACGCCACACGUCACCGACUUACACAAAUGGGGACCGGGAGCCCAUCAUAGAGGAGACGAUGGGGAUUCCUAAAAACAGUUCACCAAUUCUGGACCCCCAUAAAACGAAUGACGUGAGCACUAAGAGUAGCCCCAUAGCGGUCGUAGCGGACGGAGAGGUCGUCGUUUUUGACGAUAACGAGGACUGGAAAGUGAUAUUGAAUUCUGUGUCCCUAGGUCUUCGGAUGGACCCGGAUGCUAGUGAUCACGAGAUCGAUCUGAGUGUAAAAAGGACUUUAGACAAUAUGAAAAACGGUGACAGUGAUGUGAUGAACAAUAAAAGUGAGUUAAGUGAGAGUGAGUCGAGUCCUGGAGAGGAAAGGAGUGAUGCAAGCCCUUCUGGAGUUUGGAUGUCAGAGGAUGAGGAUAAGGGGAGAGUUACAAGGGUGAUUGGGGAGCUGCCUAUAGCUGAAUAUGAGGGGUCGCCGCGGAGAUAUGGCAUUGGCAGUCAGAAACAGACUGUCAGGUCGCCGAGGCCUGGAUUUCCGCAGCGGAUAGUGACAGAGAGCAGAGACGUGACGCCGCCGUCAGGGUCAGCAGCAUUCGACUACCUGUACGAGUUCUCUGAGACGAGGAAGGUUCUCGAAGAGUUCUUCAGGUGUCCCGCGGUGGCUGGCCAUACGCAGCUCAACACCAACGAUGAGAUUGUUAAUUUUCAGGAGUUAGAUUACGAGCUCCGCCGUCAAACGCAAGACUGUCCGUCGGAGAACGGAGUUGAAGGGAGCGACGCGGAGUGGCCGCACACAGACACGCUGGACUCGCCACACACGGCGCACAACCACACCAACUUCUUAGGAUUACAGCAACAACGCGAGUGCUACGGCGAGCCCAACGUGGCGGCGCUCCGGGUGGGGUCCGCGUGGAGCGGCUCCGCGUCCCCCGCCGCGCCGCCGCCCCGCACCCGCGCCCCCCUCGCCCUGUCCCCUGAAACAAGCGACGAGGGUAGCGAUCUCUCGCUCAUCAUCAUGGAGAACGAGCUGAGCGAGAUGAAAGUUCAAAUGGACGCAAGUCGCGUGGUGGUGACGCACCUGCCCAUCGUGGAGGACGGACUGUCCUCCGGCCACGCCUCUGACAAUGACAAUAAUAACCAACUGCCGACCUUACAACAGGCGCACUCUUCGGUUAUAAUCGAGGAGAUUGUGGAGAACGGAACCAGCGCAGAGGCUCACGUGCUUUCUGACGCCGACCUACACUCGCUGGAUCCUUUAGCGUGCAGUGAAGUCUCUCCGCCGCCGCCCGCGCCGGCGCCGCACCGGCCCGCCGCCGCCGACGAGCCCGAGCGCGCGCCGCACCCGCCGCACGCGCCGCACGCCGCGCAUGCGCCACACGCACCCCAUGUAGCGCACGACGAUUAUCCCAACAGGUUUCGUAGUAGGAAAAGGCCCUCAUCAGCGCAGAGCACAGACUCCGUGGAAAUCAAACCUGCGAGUGGAGAUGAAGAUGAAGCGGACACGGAUCUGGAGACCGAUAGGCUAUUAGGGCAGCAGAGGACGGACGACCAGGGAUUCUUCGAUGAUAAGUUUUUAAUUCUCACCAUGAUCGACGACGAAAAAGAACCUUGCUUAGAAAGUGGCCAGUGCGCGUCGGACCGUAAAGAGGUUUAUAGCGAUAACGAAACUAAUAACAAUGUAGUUAAAAGUGUCGCGGAAAAAGAACCUUGUUUAGUGUCAAAGGAUAUGGAUCAAUGUGAGACAGAGUGCAAGGAAAACUGCGAGGUUGUUUAUAGAGAAAGUGAGAUUAAUAAUACAAAUAAUAAUGAAUUAGCCAAAGACACUAGUGAACUUUUAGAAAAUAAACAAAGUAAUGGCCAAUUAGAAAAUAUUGAAUGUUGUGAUAAGGAUUUAGAGGAAAAAUGUAAUGUGAAUGGAGAAAUAAGUGACUCAAAUUCUGAUGAAAUAAUCGUUUCAAAGAAUGAUACAGAGUCCAAUGAGGAAAUAAUACAGGAUACGACGAAUUGUCGUACAAAGAAGGGAUGGCGCAAACCGAAGUCACGUACAGUGAUGCCAGCGGGCAGCGUGUCAGGCGGCGCGCGGUCUCCUCCACACGACGAUCAGGAUGAAACGCAUCAUAAUGGGAAGGAUAAAGAUGGAAAAAAGAAAAGCAAAAACAAAGAAGAUAUGCGUUCAGUUCUCAUCGAAGGCGUAUUAUUCCGAGCACGUUACCUCGGAUCAACCCAACUGGCCUGCGAAGGUCAGCCGACGAAAGCCACCAGGAUGCUCCAAGCCGAAGAGGCGGUCUCCAGAAUCAAGUGGGGCUGCGAGGGCCCGUACUCUGGCGUGUACGCGGCGCCGGCCGCCGUGUUCCGGCUCACCUUCCUGGGCUCGGUCGAGGUGGAGGAGGACAAGCGGCGACGGAAACGCCUCAAGAAAAACAUGGUGGAGGAGGCCGUCAAUAAGAUUAAGGUGCGGGCCCCCGAAGGUGAAAACCAGCCAAGCACAGAAGUAGAUCUCUUCAUAUCUACGGAGAAAAUCAUGGUCCUGAACACAGAACUGAAAGAAAUCAUGAUGGACCACGCCCUCCGGACCAUUUCCUACAUCGCUGAUAUAGGGGACCUUGUGGUUCUCAUGGCGAGGAGAAGAUUUGUGCCGCACGAGACGGAUUCUGACCAACCGAAAUUGAAUAGGACGCCGAAGAUGAUAUGCCACGUUUUUGAGAGUGAGGAGGCGCAAUUCAUAGCACAAUCCAUCGGCCAAGCCUUCCAAGUGGCGUACAUGGAGUUCCUAAAAGCGAACGGGAUCGAGGACCACAGCUUCGUCAAAGAGAUGGACUAUCAGGAGGUCCUGAACAGCCAGGAGAUCUUCGGAGAUGAAUUACAGAUGUUCGCCAAGAAGGAGCUGCAGAAAGAGGUGGUGGUGCCGAAGACGAAGGGGGAGAUUCUGGGGGUGGUGGUGGUGGAGUCGGGGUGGGGAUCCAUGCUGCCGACGGUGGUGAUCGCUAAUUUGGCACCAGCGGGCGCGGCCGCGAGGUGUGGGCAGCUCAAUAUAGGUGAUCAAAUAAUCGCAAUAAACGGCGUGAGCCUAGUCGGACUACCGCUGUCCACGUGUCAGACGUACAUCAAGAACUCUAAGAACCAAACGGUGGUGAAGCUGACAGUGGUGCCGUGCGCGCCCGUGGUCGAGGUCAAGAUCAAACGGCCCGACACCAAAUAUCAGCUCGGGUUCAGCGUGCAGAAUGGUGUGAUAUGCAGCCUGCUCCGCGGCGGCAUCGCCGAGCGCGGCGGCGUGCGUGUGGGGCACCGCAUCAUCGAGAUCAACUCGCAGAGCGUGGUCGCCGUCCCGCACGAGCGGAUCGUUAAUCUGCUGGCGACAUCUGUGGGCGAGAUUCUAAUGAAAACGAUGCCGACGUCCAUGUUCCGGCUGCUGACGGGCCAGGAAAACCCCGUGUUCAUAUAAGCGCCGCCGCGCGACACAAGUGCCUGCUUACGAUAUUACACGCCGAUUCAUGUUGGCCCUGUCAUGACACUUUAACACAGAUAAAAAAUAUAAAUGUUCAAUCACACAGAUAAAAAAUAUUCUUUAACACAGAUAAAAAAUGUUCUUUAACACAGAUAAAAAAUGUUCUGUAACACAGAUAAAAAAUGUUCUUUAACACAGAUAAAAAAUGUAAGGGCGUUUACAGAUUUAAUAUUCUAUACGGUCGACAGCUGGAUGGCAGAUUGUCUGUGGCAAUAUUUUCCAAUCUGUGGAAGUCCAUAUAGUCUGUAAAGCCAUUUCCGUCAGUAGAAAAAAGCGGCAAAUUUAAAAAAUGUAGGCGCCAAGGGUUAUCAUUCCGUAGAAAAUUUAGAUUUCGUGCCUUUUUCUACUGGCAAAGUGGGCUUCUGAUUCCGUAACCAUAGACAAUCUGGGUCCAUAUUCAGAUAAUGUAUAUGGUGAUGACCCUCUAAUAUAUAUAGCUGGUCAAGCAGAUCUUGUCAGUGUCAAUAAUUGUUUGACCAGCUAUAAAAAUGAAUAAGAAAUGAUGGUAAAAACGAAGAUGUUACUUUUCUUUCUUUUACUGUUGCUUUCCCCAUAUAAAAAACUAGGUAAUUGGUUUGAUAUAAUUACGUGUGUGUUGUUAAUAUUCCGUACGACAGGAGAAAAAAAUGAAUCUGUACCUAAUAGAAAUUUGUGUGUAGGUAUUUUAAAAAUGGUACGACAGUAACUUUUGUAAUUAGGUAUACAGUGUUGUGUCAUGUUGUGUUUACGAAUCUCAAGAACGACUAAGAAUAAUUUAGUAAAUGAACUAAAAAAAUACAAUUUUACCCUUUGAACGCCGCCUAUCGUGUGCGGCGCGUCAUCGUGAACCAAGGUGUCACGGUGACAAGUCAGUGCACGAAGGUUGAUAUUGGGCUAUAGCCGCGCGCGUCACUCGACGUAUUUGGCGGUCAAGACGCAUGUCGAAAAAGAACGCACAUACGAUUUACUAUGCUCUAUUUUCUAUAAUAAACAAGUGACGGUGACAGGGCCCAACAACUAGCUUAGCCUCAAAAUACUCGAAAUCCCGCGUGGAAACGUGACGACAGAGCGGGACGCUUUAUAAAUGCUUAUGUGGCUGAAUAAGGUACUUAGGAUAAGUUGUGUAUCUCUCUAAUAACACUUGCGUUUACUGAAACGGGAAUUUUUACUAUAAGUAUCACUUUAAUAUAAGUAACUAUAGGACAAAGAAAUACAAAAGCCAAGUGCAAGAUAUAGUAGUCGCAAAAUUGUGGUAAUAAUUUAAUUAAAAACUGUACCUACCGCUUGACGGUACGGAAUCGUUUAUUGGAGCCAUCUAACUCAACUGUCAAAUUUUCGACUAUAGUUUUUCCCAUAUUGCCUUAAACGGUGUAUCCCUACCAGUCUGCUCUGACUUCCGGUACCUUGGGUCAUUGAUCCAAGGUGACGGAAAUAUCGACCGAGACGUGAAAAAUAGAAUAAAUGCGGGAUGGAUGAAAUGGCGACAGGUCUCUGGAACAACUUGCGAUCCACGAAUGCCCCUUAAACUUAAGGGGAAAAUAUACAAAACGAUCGUGAGACCUGUUGUAAUGUAUGGAUCAGAAUGCUGGGCGACGAAAGUAGCGGAUGAAAGAAGAGUGCAUGCAGCGGAAAUGAGAAUGCUGAGAUGGAUGUGUGGAGUGACGAGAAAGGA